GGGAAACCCGAGAUUGUAAGGAGGAACCUAGGGUUCUGGUUGUAAGCUCACUUUGUGUAGUCCCUGUGGCAGUUUGUGUGUCAUUUUCGGGAGGAAAAAAAGGAUAAUUUAGUUAUUCUCCAUUGUGAAGCUAACGCCCUGUGAUACUCUACCUGGCUAUGAAGGGUCUGUGCCAUCCAUCUGCUGACAGCUGGAUGAGGAGGCUACAUGGUGUGCGUUGUGUACUCUGAUCGUGGAUGUGUGGGUGUCCAGAGAUGGAGAGCUAUGAGGAGUUCUGUCUGCGGAGUUUGGCCAUACUGCAGCAGGAGGGGAAAUUCAAGAAGAGGACAUGUGAGACACUGGGGUCCCUGAAGGCUUGCUCUGCCAUCCGCUUCCAUGGACGAGCUGUACUUUCGCCUCUGUUGAGUGCGGAACAGCGCAGUGAGAUGUAUGACAUUAGACUGAGGGCGAUCCAGCUGGAGGUGGAACGGCAGAACCAGCAGAGAAACAGACUUCUGUCCCGGGUUCAGGACAUACUGAAGCAAGUUCAGACACAUAAAGUACCAAGUGAAGAGGCUGAAAAGCUGCCAGUUUCUAAAUCGACGACAGUAACCGGCUACACUCUGGUCACUGACUCUCCUGGACUUCCCAAAGACCCUGCAUUUGGACUUCAGACAAACAGUCAACCUGGCACUCCUGCCUGUUCUGUAAGCCCUGUAAUCAAUGGCUACAAGGCAGAGGAGGAGACAAAGGUGGAGGAGAAGAGUGAAGAGGAAGAGGAAGAUGAAGACAUUAGUUUGGACAGCCUUCUCAAGAGAUCGAGGGAGUAUGUGAAGAAAGAGCAGAGUCAGCAUGGGUCAGAUGCAGUUCACAAAGUAAACCAGAUGCUCCCACCUGAGCCCGUUUCUAACAAGGAGAGCAAAAACUGUGACCCUGUGGAAGAUUCUGGAGUUGAGUUUGGAUUCAGUCUGCACCAUAGCCCUGUUGGCCCACCUCAGACCCAAACCCAGACUCAAACUUUAUACAGCCCCAGCCCCCAGCAGUCGGUCUGCCUCUCACCUAGUCUGCCUGAUAGAUACUCCAAACUUCCUAGUCCAGAAUCCACUGUUAGUCCCCGCCCACAGAGGCGAAAACCACGCCCAGUUUCCACAGGAAACAUCCAUAUUUCCUUUCCCAUUGGCCCAGCGGACCUUAUCCCUCGCAGCCCUGGACGCUCAGGUGAAGGUGCUGGCGGGACAGACUGGGGAGAGGCUCUCCGAGGGGCCACUGAUCACCGAGGCUCAGUGGGGAGUGAGGUCAUGGGUGGCAUUAGUAUGAGUGGCAGUCGUCGCUCUAGUCACAGUGGCACCAGUCCAAUGCAGGAGAGUCCAGUUGGUGCCUCAGGUCUCAGCCCUAAGGGACGCCAUGACCAUCUGGCUGCAGGAUUUCGCCGGCGCUGCCACACACUGGACAGCCAGCUGCAAAGCCACCACUCUGUUGUUGAGCACAUAGACCGCAGCCAGGAAAGGGUUCCUCGCUUCAUGGCAGGAGUCACAAGAUUUGCUCCAAGCAGGCGAAGCUCUGUAAACAAGUCAUACGAGGUGGAGAACCCCUCACCAUCGCUGCAAAGGCCCCGUGUUACUCCUGAUUUGCCUCAGGUCAAACUCAGGAUGGAGUCUGAGGACCCUCAUGGGACCAACAGUGGAAGGAUCACACCAGGUGUGUUCAGAAAUGGGGUUGAUGCACAGAGCACAGAAGAGACCCAGAGGCGAGCGCAGGCUCUGGAGGACAUGCAAAGGCGACUGGAGGAGGAGCAUGCCCUGCAGAUGUCACUGCUCCUGGCUGAGCAGGAGAAAGAGCAGCAGCGCCUCCGUCUGGAGCUAGAGGAGACAGAAAGAAAACUGAAGGAGCAUAGCCGUGUGCGGCCUUUGAGUGCAGACGCCUGUGGGUGGAGCUGCAGGUCUAUGAUUGACAGCUGUCCUGUUGUGAGCCCUCCCUGUCCAGGACUAAGUCCUGCCCACACACCAUCUGAACGAUCACCUGGACACAGUAUAGGUUUCCCCAGUCCUCUCAGUCCCAGUGUGUCCUCUCCUUCUGUCCAGCCCCCCAUCUAUCUGUGGGGGCCCAUGUGGGCAGUUAACAAACCUCGAGCACGGCUGAGUCUGGUUCUGACUGCAGAGCAGCAGAGAGCGUUCUGUCGAGUUGGAGCCAUCAUUCGCGGCUUCCUCACACGCAGACUCCUCAAGACAGAGAAGGUCAAACACUUGCGCCAGACCAUUGUGGAUACGCAGGAGUUCAUCCGUUCCUUUCAGACUGAAGCUCCUCAGAAGAGAGACCCCUGCUCAGCACAAGAUCGCUCCCUGCAAGAGAGAGUUCGAGCCCAGUUACGUGCUGCCCUUUAUGAUAUACAUGAUAUCUUCUUUGAGAUGCCCCUGAGGGAUCGAUUAGCAUUGCUUCAGCAGGACAGAGAGUUGCGAGCAGAGAGGAAACUACGAGAUAUGGAGAAAGCCAAAUGCCCUAAGGAGAGGGUGGUUUUGUCUGCAGCCACACAGAGGUCUCUGGACAGGAAAAAGAGGGUUGGUGAAUCCCCAGCACAGGCUCGAAAGAUGCAGCAGAAGCCAAAGAGUCCCACCACCAACAGAGUCCUGAAGCCAAACCAAGGCCAAAAUUUUCCCACACAGGGCCAGUUGAAUCGCCAAGGGAGCUGGUACAGGAGGACCCCAGAGGAGAGAGUGAGGCGCUCUGACAGCCUGAAGAAGCAGCACUCUUUGGGUUAGCUGCUGACUCUACAUCUGAUGUCGUGUGACCUUGAAUUUUUAGUCUUUGGAUACAAACCCUGCACCACUGAAACUUCAUUUAACGCUGCUAAUGAUAUGAUUGUCUGUAUUCUAGCUUCUGAAAUUCACAUGAUUGUAUUACCUUCUACACUUCAAGUGAUACACAGCAACACAAUGCCAUUGUUUUUUAACAGUGUUGCUUGCUAUAGUAGUCUGAGUAGCAAUGACUGAUUGUUCUUAACAAACUCACAUGUAGCCUGAGUAUUUAACGCCUAGGCAGAUGAUUGAAUUAUUUAAGAUGUGCAGAAAUAUCUGUGCUAAAAUGGAGAUAGUCAGAGUUAAAAGAAAAUAAGCAGAUUUUAAAAAAUGCCUAAGAACUAUUCUUUUGCUUUCUGUAGUAUUUAAACAAGCACAUAUUUGCCGUAUGUUCUUGUAGAUCUCGAUCAUAAAGCUCUCAGUGAUUUAAACUUCAGUUUAAGUCACAUAACGCAGUCGCCACAAAUAAACUUGAGUGUAUGAUGUUACACGUAUGUUUCUUGUGCAAGGGCUUUGAGUACCUGUUUGUGCUUUAUGUUUUUAUUUGGUAAAUGGUGCUGAAUGACAGAACUGUGAGACAUUUUAGCGUUUAGCUGAUAUCACUUGUGACCUUAUUUUCUGUCAGAAUUUGAUGUGUGAAUGAUUUUGUCACCGCUAAACUCUGUUCAUAACAAAAGAUUUUUUAAAUUCAAACACCAAAAUAAAAUGCUUUCUUUGUCCAGACUGAAUCCUGACGUCAUUUAAUAAUAAAAAUAUAUUAAUUUUCUAGUAUUUUUAUUGCUGUUUAUGUAUGAUGCUCAGUUCUGGAGAUGUGGGGUCU